ACGCGCCGGAUGAAGCCGCAGCUGCAGCUGUUUCACGUCAAAACAAUCCGGAAGACGAUACAGCAAAACGGAACUGUUCUCGGAGCUGAGACGAGGUCAAAGCUGAAAUAAAUACGACAUUUUUUAAAGCAAUUUGAUCUAAUAAUGGUGUUGAACAGAAGGCAAAGGUAGCGUCUAAAACGAAGGUCAUUCGUCGCUUAAUGAGUUAGUCCAGUCAUACAGUCUCGCCUCGCGUUUUAGAUUCAAAGUCCAUGUAAACAUACCGUGAUUCCUUAACACAAAGUCCCGUAGCUAGCCACAGACUGAUCCAGGGUCAUCAUGGGCAAUGGAAUGAAUAAGGUCGUUGAUGGACUCUACCUUGGGAAUAUAAGAGAUGCAGAAAACAGAGAGAGUUUAUCUAAGAAUGGCAUCACACACAUCCUGUCUGUGUACAACAAUGCUACACCUGUGUUUGAGGACAUGACCUACCUUUGCAUUCAUGCCUCCGAUGCUUCCAGCCAGAACCUCCUACAGCAUUUUAAAGAGUGCAUUAGCUUCAUCCACGAAUGCCGUGUGAAUGGUGGAUCUUGUCUAGUACACUGCCUUGCAGGUGUAUCACGAAGCACUACCAUGGUGGUGGCCUACUUGAUGACUGUCACCAACUACAGCUGGGAGGAGUGUCUGUCUGCGGUCAAAGCUGUUCGUUCCUUUGUUGGCCCAAACUAUGGCUUCCAGCAGCAGCUGCAGGAGUACCAGACUACACAAGUGUCAGAGUACCGAGCAUGGUUACGGUCCUGUUUUCGUCCCAGUCCAUUCAAUGACCAGGAGCAGGUGGGUGCCCUGCUGAGCCAGUACACAGAGCAACAGGAGAGCCAGAGGGAAGGAGAGCAUCGCUGGAUAAAUCAGGGAAUACGUGUCAGUGGCCUUUCAUCCUUGUCAUCCAACCCUGAAGAUGAUGACGAUGAUGAAGGCAGCAGCUGAGACACAAGUCUGGUUGUGCCAAAGUUGUGCCCAUUGCUGUCUGGAAAUGAGCAGUACCUACUAUUUCUGUACUCCUUUCCAAAUCAACCCUCAGUCAUAUCUAACCUACGUGUCUUUGUAAAACUCUAAGAGCAUGAGAUAAUAUAAAUCCUCUCAUAUGAAUCAAGCAGUUUUUACUUUAUUUCCAUCUGUUAUUGCUAUUGCUAGCAAUGGAGGUUGAUUUAGAAUUGUGCUACAGACCUGUAUCCACUACAGUACCCAUCACACUGCCCUACAAACAAAACAGGGGUAUUUGUGCUCACAGACGCCUUACUCUAAACACCUCAGCACUUUAGCCAUAGUGAGUCACCUGUAUCUCCACAUGGACUCCUGCAAUGUUCAGCUCAGCAGCCUUAAUGCCAUGACAAAUUAACGCCCUCUUAAACGAACAUUUUGCCUUUAAUUAUAUAAAUGCCCAGCCUGUUAAAUCUUAGUUAAAUCUACAACUUAAUUGAUGGUUUCUUUUGAUAUGUACAAGUUUGCAAAUCAGCACUGUAUUCUGUGCUCGUUGUGCUGACAGCACAAUGUUUUAUUAUAUACAUCCUGCUUGUAAAUAGCCAUCAUAAAGGCAUAAUACAUCAUAAACACUGUUGCCAUGUAACGCACCAGUGGACAUAGGUUUUUGACUAAUGUACGAGCCACUUAACAAACAUCAUAAAACAAGUAAUUUAUUGCUGCCCAUGCAGUUAACAGCCUUUUUUGACAUAGUUAGAUACUGUUCUUUCAAUAUAGGUAGCACUUUCACUUUCAUUUGGUUCAUCUUAAAGAAAAUUCCAGGCUGUGUACACACCAGUUGUGCCACAUUUGUUACAAAAUCUACCAUCAACAAUCCACAUCCAAACAAGAGUCUUUAUAUAAACUAAUAGUGUGUAGUUAAAAACAGGUGAAAUGGCACUAUUGGUUCCCAGCAAUUGCUUCUUCAUUGUGUCAGGGCUGAGAGAACCACGUUAUCCCUCAUCAGGAUUAAAGAUCACUCAAACUUUUUUUAAAUAGGUUGACACAAACACACUUGAUCACACUUGACACAUAGAGACCGCACUGUGGACAUUACAAAUGAACCAAUAUGAGUGACACACACAGAAGUACGUUUAAAAAAAGGCAAAAUGUUCCUUUAAGUUUAUUCAUAGCUGGUUAUUGGGAAUUUUGGGAAUUUGAAUUUAAAUUAUAACUACAAAUGAAGGAUGUCUGCAGUCCAAAUGUUAAAGUCUUCCUGAUUUUUGUGAAGCUCUGAUUUUAUCUUUUUAUUGUGUCAAAACAGAUUUUUAGAGAAUUUCUGUUAUAGAUUCAUGGAUAACAUUUGUUGUCUUAAUUGGGUAUUUAUGGUGUUUGUUGUGUUUUAUAAUGAAAUGCAGUGACUGAGGAAGAGAUGGAAUUGCUAAUAAAUCUGCCCUGUAAAGAUC